GAGGUGAAAGGUCACCCUGCUGUUUGGCGGCCAUUUCUUUGGAAGCUCUGCGAUUCGCGCCCAACCGUAGCUGCUCCAGUCACGAGGGACGGACGACAGCUGGGUCGGCGGCGAGUGGCCUGCAGCAUUUGUUUAUAGUCGCGAUGAGUUUGCCCCUCAAUCCCAAACCUUUCCUGAAUGGAUUAACAGGGAAGCCAGUAAUGGUGAAACUUAAAUGGGGAAUGGAGUACAAAGGCUACCUGGUAUCUGUAGAUGGCUAUAUGAACAUGCAGCUUGCAAACACAGAAGAAUACAUAGAUGGAGCAUUGUCUGGACAUUUGGGUGAAGUUUUAAUAAGGUGUAAUAAUGUCCUUUAUAUCAGGGGUGUUGAAGAAGAGGAAGAAGAUGGGGAAAUGAGAGAAUAGCAUCUUUUUUGGGGAAUUUUUUUUAUAUAUAUUUCUAGACAAUAAACAUUUUUUUUUCAACU